ACUUGGGUUCUUUUCAGAGUGGGAAUUCGUGUACCAGCGCUGAGCCAUGGGUCAGAUCAUGGGAUCCAUGCAGAGCAACGUAGCCGACGUUUUUAGUGGCCGGCGGAAGCGAAGGCGCAGCACAGACUCCUCGCCAGGGGCGGAUGACCAGGCCCUACAGGACGCCACUGUGCCCAAAAAGAAAAAGCUGCUAACCACCACCCAGUACAUAUACAAAGCCCUGUUCAAGGAGCAGCAGAACUCGGACGUGGCUGUCAUGGCUCUGGACAAGGUGUGGCACUUGCACAAGGUGUACCUGAGCCAGAGUCCCUACUUCUAUACCAUGUUCAAUGGUACGUGGCGGGAGGCACAGCAAAACUUUGUUCAGAUAACGAUCCUCGACGAUCGAAUAACCGUGGCCAGUCUGGACGCCGUCUUUGGAUCGAUGUACUCCGAUGAGAUAGAAAUAGAACCGGCGGACGUCAUUCCGGUCUUGGCGACGGCGACGCUCUUCCAUCUGGACGGCAUUAUAGACAAGUGCUCCGAGGUUAUGGUAGACUCCAUAAGCCCGGAGACAGCCAUCCAGUACUAUGAGGCUGCCUGCCAAUACGGAGUCGUUGGCGUUAAGAAAUCCACCUUCCAGUGGUUCCAAAUCAACCUGCUGAGUAUAUAUAGCAAAUUCCCCAACCUCCUAAGGCAGAUCUCCAUCGAGUUGAUGAGCGCUCUGACAGCCAGCCACGAUCUGUAUGUGAUGCAAACAGAGUUCUCGUUGUAUACACUUCUACGCACAUGGAUGUUUCUGCGGAUACAUCCCGACUAUGACCCCGAAGACCCGGUGCAGCGGGCCGAGGCACUCAAAACACAGGAGCGGUUAGCAAACGCCGGUGUGGAAACGCACACGCCCAGUGUGGACGUGGUACAGUGGACGUAUUUUACUAACCGCAUGGAGGAGCGGUCGUUCCUGGCAACGCCAGAGGGCCAGCCGUACAUUCGUGUCUUUCAGAGGCUCCGCACCCAGUACCUGACGAACCACUACAUGGAUUUGAAGAUCAUAUACAAUGACAACAUAAUACCCAAAGAGUGGCUCUAUCGUCACAUUCACAGCCAUUGGGAGGCGUUGCUGCGGAUUGAUCACGGGCAGGAGGAUUGCAGUCCGACGCAGUUGGACGACGAGCAGUUCUUCGAAAAUUGCAUGCGGUGUGGGCGCCUCUUGCUCGAGCCUGGCUACCAAAAAUGGCGCUGGACAGGCUUCAACUUUGGCAUGGAUCUCAUCUUGAUAAUGGACUCGCGCAGGCUCAAUAUUCGUCGCCACCACAGGCACGAACACGAAAGGGUGCUGAGCCUGCAGACGCGGAGAAAGUUCAUGGUUCGGACCACGGUGACCUCGAUCAAUGCCCGCCGUCAGCCUGUGUUCACACAGACCUCCGAGAUUUGCACCCUGAGCCUGGAGAAGAACGAGGAGGUGCCGCUAAUGGUGCUCGAUCCAAAGUUGGUGCACCCGCUCCUAAUUUCCAUCAACAUGUUGGUGGUGAAUCCGCCGAAUCAAAGCUUCAAGGAGGUUGUGCCGUAUACCGAGGAUGGGACAACGUCUCUGUCUGAUCCGAUUUCGGAAAUUGGUGCCGACUGCGAAAGACCACUCACGCCAGCCAGUGCCGACGACUCGGCAGUCUUUAUUGGCGACUCUGGACCAUCGACGCCGUCAUCGCCUGCUGCGCGGCCGCGAAUCGCCUGGUCGGCCAGCGAUGCGAACGCCAUUUGCGGCGACCGGGCGUGCUGAGCGCGCUCCUCCAGCUGUCCACCCAGUUGUCCACCCAACCAAGCACUACCAGUACCACCACUUUUUGUUCAUUAACUCGUUAACGUUGUUUUCGGGAAUCGAUGUAGUUUUUAAUUGUAAAUUCUUUUAUCGCCAUUGCGAUUGGCACUCCAUCGGAUGCCGGUUCAAUCAAUCCAAUCAGCAUAAUUGUACAUUCAUCACUAGCGUAUCAGAGAUCGUCUGGUAUGCGCAAAUCUAUAUAUUUUUGUAUAUCGUUUACAUCAUUAUUAUAUUGUAAUAAUGGCCAACCAAGGACUAUCAAUUUUUUUAGAGUAAGAGCACACUCUAGUGCCCUCGCACACGUACGUACGUAGAUGUUGCAUAACGUAGGUUUUAAAGAUUCGGCGUCUAAAGAUGUGAUUGUUAUGUUUAAGUAACAAGUAACGUGGCAAAGUAACUAAAAUAAGAGCGUAUUCGGAAAAUGUUUGUUCAACGCAUCUAACCAAUUGUCCUAACACAUUUUUACUCGCUUCAUGUACGCACAGUAACCAUUACCUUGAGUGAUUUAUUAAAGUUUACAUCUAAUUA